ACAAAUUCAAGAUCUUGAGGUUUGUAUUUGUACAGAUCUUGAAGUUGAAAUGGCCUCUGCUGCUUCGGCUUCAAGCACUGGGUGCUUAGUUCGUUCACGCCUCCCACUCGGCGAAUGUCAGCAUCAUCGUAAUAACGGGAUUGCACUGUUUCCCCAGUUACCCAAACCCCUCAUCUCUCUUUCUUCUUCUUCCAAAGGUUCAAUCUUUUCUCUAUAGUUCUAAUCUAAGUUUUCAUCUUUCUGUGUAAUUUUGAUCUAGCGCUAAUUAAUUGAUUAAUUAACUAGCUGCUGCAAUUGUAAUUGCAAUUCCAACUGCAACUGCAAGUGAGAGGAAGGAGCGUUCCUCUUUUGCUCGAACUGCGGCUGUUCGGCAUCUGGUGGGUUCCGUUACCACAGCUUACGGCCUUCGUUUCGCAGUGGUUGUAGCACGGUUUAAUGAGAUUGUCACAAAGCCAAUGCUAGAGGGAGCCUUAACUACUUUCAACAAUUAUUCUGUUCAAGAAGAGGACAUUGAUGUGGUAUGGGUUCCUGGUAGCUUUGAGAUUGGUGUAGUUGCACAGAGGCUUGGAAGUUCGGGGAGAUAUCAUGCAGUUUUAUGCAUUGGAGCUGUGAUAAGAGGUGAUACAACGCACUACGAUGCUGUUGCUAAUUCAGCUGCAUCCAGAGUGCUUUCAGCUGGUUUAAAAUCAGGUGUUCCAUGCAUAUUCGGUGUCUUAACUUGUGAUAAUAUGGAGCAGGCUUUAAAUCGAGCUGGUGGUAAAUCUGGAAAUAAGGGUGCAAAGACUGCCUUGACAGCUAAUUAUAUGAUGAAGUACUUCAGAGAGGAUGAAUGAUGCUACUGGUGUCCCAGAAGUGUAAGCAUUUCUACACAUAAAAAGAUAUGAUGCAAUAUGUAGAAUAUGCUCAGAAAAACCAGCUUUCGAUCUACUCACCAGUAAGCUUUAUCUUCUUUUUGCUUUUCCUUCUGUAAUAUUUUUAGCCUUGUUCCUUUUCAUUGGCUAAUGUUUACACCAGGGAUGUGAAACCUCAACAACGUCCCUAAUAUCCUUUUAGUUAUGACCUCAGAAGUUGCUCCUAAUAAUCUUGUACUGGAGGCCUCAUUUAUAUAAUCUUAAUGAGAGGGGGGUCCAUAUGAAUAAUAGAUUGUUUGAAAUAUUGUGUUUUAGUUAGCCUUCAAAUUUCAGGACAGGUAAGUUGGGGUUUUCUUGUGAAACUACAAACUUUUGUCUUGUGUAUUUUGUUUCUUCAUGAUCAAAAGUCUGGUGCUUUGUCAUGAUCAAAAGUCUGGUACAUUGUAAUUCUUGCAACCUUGAGAGCCUUCACACUAUUGUCCAUAACAUAUCUAGAAAACAAACUUCCUUCAUAUUAUUAGUUCUAAUGUAUUUUGGAGGAGAGACUUGCAGUUGGCUUUCUGUUCUUUUGUUAAAACUGUUACUUUAGUAAACCUUUCCUCAAACUAAAUGAUAUGAUCCUUUUUUUUUUUUUUUUGGAUAACUAAAUAAUAUGAUAGCAGUUUUAUUUGUGGAAGGUCCUUGUGCAUGCAUUAGCUGACAUUGAUUUACAC